AUGCCCCGAGAUACAGGAGAGCCAUUCAUGCGCGGUCAUGGAUACAAAUAUUCACCAAUAUUCAAGAGACCGCAUUUCUUCCCUAUGGCUUCUCAUUUGACUCGCAGCUGGGAAAGAUUUCGUCAAGCAAUACAAUUCUUGUAUCGAGACAAGCUUUGUAGGUGGGUUUUGGCCGGGACUUCAGCCGCCGUUGUCGCAGUAGCCGUUGGGUUAGGAUCAUGGUUACUGCUGCGUCAACACAACACCCGGUCUAUCGUCGACCUGGGCUAUUCGAUCUACGAAGGUGUGAAACUUGAUUCGGGCGUUGAUCGCUUUCUGGGAAUGCGAUAUGCUGCCUCGCCAGUUGGGGAUCUAAGAUUCAGAGCGCCCGUCAAAGCUCAGAAUACGACCGGGAUGCAGGCUGCAACAGCGUUCGGGCCUCUGUGCCUCAGCACUGGCGUCUAUUACCCAAUGCUCUCUGACAAGGGAGAGGCAAUAGAGUCCGAGGAUUGCCUUUUCAUCAAUGUCUGGAAGCCGGCAUCUGCUACAUCGGAUUCAAAGUUGCCCGUUUGGGUCUACAUUCAAGGCGGAGGCUAUGCUGGCCUGUCUAAUGCCAACUAUGAGGGGUCCACAGUCGUGGCUGCUUCAGGGCAUAACAUAGUCGUCGUCAACUUCAACUAUCGAGCUUCCGUUUGGGGAUUCCUGGCGAGUGAGAAAGUAAGAGCUGAUGGAGACUUGAAUGUUGGUCUCCUAGAUCAGAGGAGAGCAUUGGAAUGGGUCCAGGAGAAUAUUCAUCACUUUGGUGGCGACCCUAAACAUGUUGUGGCUCAUGGAGUAUCUGCUGGGGCUGGGUCACUGGCAUUUCAUCUCACGGCUUAUGGCGGCCGAAACGACGAUCUGUUCGUUGGUGCAAUCUUUGAAUCCCCAUUCGUCCCAACCAACCCCAAAGUUCUGGAACUCGAAUGGCAAUUCGAUCGUUAUGUUAAUGCGACAGGCUGCGCUGAGGCCUCGGACCAGAUGGCAUGCAUGAGAUCCAAAAGUACAGCGACAUUACAGGCCGCGAAUAGAGGGUACCCGUACCCCGGGCGGAUAACCGCGCCGCGAUUCUACUGGACCCCAACUAUCGAUGGAGAAUUCAUUCAGGAUUUUCUAUCUAACAUGAUCGAGUCGGGAAAGUUCUCUAAAGUUCCGGCCAUGGUUGGCGACGACACCAACGAAGGCUCUAGCUUCGCGACUAAUGCCACAAGCCCAGGAGCCGUGGCAGCCUUUUUUCAAGACAACUAUCCCAAGCUCAAUGAUACCGAUACCGCAGCCAUUAAUGCCCAAUACCCACUGAUGCCACCGCUACCCCGGCGCGCCGCCUACUACCCCUCCUUAUCCGCUGCUUACGGGGAAGCAGCAUUCACCUGCCCCGGAAACCAUCUCUCCGGCUCUUUCAGCGCGUAUACCUCCCCCACGAAUGUGUGGAACUACCGGUACAAUGUUUUACAGGAAGACAAUGUCGCUGUCGGCCUCGGCGUACCGCAUACCUUCGAAUCUCCAGCUAUAUGGGGAGUCGGCAGCACCGGCUCUAACGAUCUACUCAGCAGCUAUACGACGUACAACAAGGACAUCGUGCCUGUGGUUAUGCAUUACUGGAUCAGUUUCGUGAGGUCGCUAGAUCCAAACAUGUUUCGCUAUGAAGGCGCGCCGGAGUGGGGUAGUUGGGGAAAUGGGAGCGGGCAGAGGCUCGUGUUGGAGACUAAAAAUACAAGGAUGGAGGACCUACCCGAGGAUCAGGUGAGGAGGUGUGAGUUCUGGAGGGGAUUGGCAGACACGCUGGAGCACUAA